CAACUCCGUCAACCUCCUCCUUCUCCUCUCACUGCUUCUUUCUUUCGUUCUCCGCCGAAUGAGGAAGGAGAAGAUGGGUUUUGGAUAUAUAGGAUUUUCAUGGUGUUAACUUUACUGGGUAGUGUUGAUUUUUGUUGAUACUUAGAUUUUUCACAUAAAGUUCCAAUUUUGUUUUUCUGGGUUUUGAAAAAUGUGGGGUAGGUGGUGGUGUACUAGUAGUGGUUUUGGAUUGUUGAGACAAAGGGUAUCCUCAAUUGUUAAUGUUAAACAUGGGUAUAGGGAAAAGCUUAAUCCUUUUGAUCCUCCUUUGUUGGGUUUGAGGGGUGUUGUUGCAGUGAUGUGUGGUGGAACUAAGUGUGGAGAAGGGACAUCUUUAUCUGUUGUGGUGAAUCAGAUUAGGAGGGGUAUGUCAACUUCCACCGGGGAUGGUAUUGGUGGCCAUAGCAAUGGUAAUAGAACAGAAGAUUCCAUAUCAUUCUCUGAAGCUAAGAAGCUUAUGAGAUUGGUGAAUGUGGAAUCUCUCAAGUUGAAGCUUGGUAUGGAAGGGAAGGAAGUUAUUCCCUACUCUGAGCUUCUUCAAGCGUGUGAGAGUACGGGUAUUGCUAAGAAUCAUGAGGAGGCUGUAGCAUUUGCCAGGGUUCUUGAUGAGGCUGGGGUUAUUCUACUUUUCAGGGACAAGGUGUAUUUGCAUCCUGAUAAGGUGUUAGAUCUGGUUCGAAGAGCUGUUCCACUGGCACUGACAUCUGAGAAUGAUCCAAUAAGGGAGGAGUUAAAGAAACUACAGGAGAUGAAAAAGGAAAUUGAUGUGUUGGCACAUAAGCAGGUGCGGCGCAUCCUGUGGUCAGGACUAGGAUUUAGCGUACUUAUGGUUGGUUUCUUCUUCCGGCUAACAUUCUGGGAAUUUUCAUGGGAUGUAAUGGAACCUAUUGCAUUUUUUAUAACAACCACUGGGUUAGUCAUAGGCUAUGCCUACUUUUUAUUCACUUCAAGAGACCCGACUUACCAAGACUUCAUGAAGAGGCUAUUCCUUUCAAGGCAGGGGAAGCUUUUUAAGAGGCAUAAUUUUGACAUUGAGAGAUUCAAGGAGCUCCAAUGCAAGUGCAAAACACCUUUACAUGCUAGUACUGUCUUAAAAAAUCGCAUUGGAGUGGAAUUGGAUCUUGACGAUGCUUUACAUCGAGAUUAACAUUUUCAUGUGGCUUUACAAUUUGUUUCUUUCGAAUAUAUUAUGGUUAGCCUUGUUCUUGUUCCCCCUGUUUUAAUGUUGUUGGGAAGAAGAUUAAACUAACUAUAGUUUCUUGGAUACACACAUUUUCCUUCGUUUUCUUGAAU